UCAACUAGGCCUGCUUCAGAAACAUAUCAUAAUCAUUAUUUAUUCAGGAUUAAUUAUAAUACUGUAUUAUUAGGUUAUUAUGGAGUAGCUCUGGGUUACUCUGCGCGUGGUGUUACGGGCGUCACAAUUUAACACUGCCAAAAGUCAGCCACCAUAUCUUCUUAAUAUGUAUUUUAUAACAUUAACCUAACCUUAACCAAUAUGCUAACCCUAUUCCUAAUCCUACCCUUAAAUGAAGACCAAAAAGCGCAUUUUUGUCUUAAUAAUUUUUUUAACGGUAUGGUUGUGUAUUGACUUUGUGGCUGUGGUAACUACUGAAACCCCGUUUUCGAUGAAGUGCUACAGUGUUGCUGGAAAGUGAAAAUAUCUUCAAGCCACAGUUGAAGUCGUCCAUGUACUGGUUGGUACUGAUUAAACAGCCAGCUAGAUAGUGCCAACAAGACCAGAGAGAACUUGUUAGAUCGAGAGACCGACUUGUCUUCAGAUAAAAUCAACUUUAAAAAGGACAGCCAGUAUAAUGUUUUAUUCAAAUGCAUGGACUAAGUGCUUGAUAUGCCUUGUCUUUUUAACAAGUGGAAAUGCCGAGUGUUCCAAACCUCAAGUAGAGGGAAAUGUUGUUCUAACGAAUGAUGCGCUAUUAAUGAACGAUUUUUCGGAGGGGGAGGAAGCCACUUUUGAGUGUGCCAACGGCUACUUGAAAGAGCAAGGAUCUGAAAGUAUCACCUGCUGGAGUGGAAAGUGGAGCACGCUCGAAUUAACCUGCAAAAAGAAGGACUGUGGUGCCCCCAGGAAGAUGCCACAUUUGACAUAUGAGUUUAAGGAAGGCACGCUUUUUGGUGCAUCAGCAAGAUCAAUCUGUGAUAAAGGUUAUCAAUUUAUGGGCCCAAGUUACAGGCAGUGUUAUACCACAGGUUGGAGUGGAAGACCAGGAUGUAAAGUGGUAACUUGUGAUAAACCUCCUGAGAUAAUGAAUGGCACAAUCAUAGAGAAGCCUGGCGAACAGUUACCAGAGUAUGGUGGUGUCAUACAGUACUCCUGUAAUGAAGGUUACACCAUCAUUGGAAACAAAUCAAUUGAGUGCAUUGAAGAUGGUGAAUACAACUCAUUACCUCCUGCGUGUAAAGAUGUCAAUGACAUUCGUUUGAAACCAACAACUAUAUCAACAUCAUCAAUAACAACAACAUCGACUUCUCUACCCACAAUACGAGUUUCAGGGAGGAAUAAUGGCGUUGGGGAACAUGACACCAAUGCAGCUACUGCAGUUACACUUAUUGUUCUGAUCACACGGUAUUGUAAGAGGAAAGGCUCGUACCAGUUUGGAGAAGACCGAAGUCUAACAGAAGAAUUAUUACAAUUUCAAAAUAACUAAGUUGAAUGCCUACCCAAGGUACCUACAGUUCAUACAUAUCAUUAUAUUAAAACCAUUAUUCAAAAAUAUGUUCACCAUCUUUUAACCAAAGUCCCACUCAUAUGACUAUACGGUUUGUGUUAGUCUUUGAGCUUGAGUAAUCUAAAUAGUGACACUAUUGUUAAAACUGCUCCGCUGAGUCAAUGCUUUGUCUAAAAUGUCUCAUUUCUUUCCAGGGCUAGGACUGCACCUCUAUCUGCUAGUCUGCAUCUGUAGCCUUGAAAAGUAGUGCCAGCGGAUUGUUCCUCUGACCAUUCCCUGGUUGGACAAAGCCAUUUAAUUUACAGUGCCCUUAUGUAUGUGGCAAUACUGAAUGGAAGUUAUAAUUGCACUUUUUAUUAAGUUGUUUUUGAAAGUCAGUUCAGCGGAAUUGUUUUAACCGAAUGUUUGAAAACCGGUAUUGAAAUAUUUGUUUUCUCUAAUUAUAUAUAAAACUGAAAUAUACGUAAUUGUCUUUUCAACUGCCAUAUUUGACUACAGGUUGCUAGCUUGCUCUGUUGUGUGGACAGAAGCCCCUGUAAUGAGAUUAGUGCACUAAACAAAAUGUAUGAUUGAGGAAAUUCCCAGGCUGAUAAUCACUGACCAUUUCUAAAUGUGUGCUUACUGAUCGUUGGCUCACAGGAAAAUAACAGUCUGAGACAGUUUCCUGGACCCAGGUUAAGCCUACAGCACUGUAUUCCUUUUCAAGUAGGCUUAAUUUGGGUCCAGGAAACCAGCUCUUCAUGUUAUUUUCCGGCAGCCCCAAAUGUCACAAAAUAAUGUCAAUCUUUUUUACUUAGAGGUUUUGUACUUUGAUUUUCUAGUGUGUAUUGUGUGAUUUAAGAGAUCAAAUUACUUUUAUGAUAACUGCCUUUUCUCCUUCUUUGAGACAUAUUUGUGUAAAUAUGAAAGUAUGUACAUUGUCUAAUAAUCAUGGUUGGGUAGGUUAAUUUGUAAAUGUAAUCUGCUACAGUUACUAUACUAUAUCCCAGAGCUUAUUUCUCUCAAAUGUUGUGCAUAAAUGAGGUUACAUCUAGGGUUGCCAACUUUUUCACUGCCAAAUAAGGGACAAAAGGUGGCAUGCCAGUGCACAAUGCCACGGAGGUAUGGAUAUGGUGUCGUGUGAAUACAGUGAUACAGUGUAUAUUCAUAUUCUUAUUCAAAUGGAAAGGCAAAACAUUUCUAUAUUCCAUUUAGCCUAUAGCUUUACUAAAACUGUAUAAUUAUGUAAACUUAUAUGAAUAAACUUCUAAAUAAAUGAUCAAAGAAAUCACAAUUUGGACCUUUACAGCAAAAAAAAACUUUUCAAAUGCAAAAGAGGAAAGAGGGGCAUGAGUCACUCACCAAGUCUACUGUGGUCCUUCUGUAGCUCAGUUGGUAGAGCAUGGCGCUUGUAACGCCAGGGUAGUGGGUUCGAUCCCCAGGACCACCCAUGCGUAGAAUGUAUGCACACAUGACUGUAAGUCGCUUUGGAUAAAAGCGUCUGCUAAAUGGCAUAUAUUACUACAUUUUUGCUGCUCGUGACUGAUUCAAGGCGUUCUUUCUCCUCUUGCAUAGCCAGAGAGAAGUCAUUACAUGACAAGUCACAGUUCCCAGAUAUUUUAAGUUCAUUUUUGAUCAGCUCUGUGCUACAUCGGUUUCUUGAGUCUGACCAUUUAAUGGUCAUCAGACAGAAAAUCCCCUCUACAAAGACAUUUGAGUCUGGCACACUGAGGACAAAUGAGACAAUCCUGAACAUGUUGACUUUCCCUAGGCUUUUGAAAACUGCCACCUACUUCGCACUGGUGGUUUUUGUGGUAUCCUGUCUGGUAUUCUGUAUUUCCUCCCGGCUAGCACAAAACUCUUCAUAGAGUUGGUCCAUACUGACUGUAUUACAUGUUCUGGUGAGAAAUCAAACCACUUGUCAAUGUAUGUAAUGACAGUGUCAUAGAACUUCAAAGUCCUGUUGCUGCUUGGACCUUUGUGCUGACAAUUGUUUGUCCAUCAGCUGCUUGGUCUACUCAGAAAAAAACUGUCCUGUUUCAGCUGAAGCAUCUUACAUUUUGAACUUUUGGACUUCCUCGUAAACAUCUGUGAUGCAGAGCGUCGUUUCCUCCAGCUUUUUUUACGAGUUGGUCAAAAACACACCCACUUUGUGGAAAAAGCACAGAUAAAUCUCAGCAUCUUCUGUUUUUUCUUUAUACUCGAAAAUACUAUUCAGUGCCACAGGACAGGUCUCCCUAAGGGACCUGAAGUAUGAUGUAAGAGCUGUCCAGCUUUGCUGGAGACGAUCGACAGCUGGAUGAAGAGCCAUCGUGUGCAAACAUGUCACAGAAUUUCACGCCACUCGGUGUCAACAAAGACACAAAAGAAUGCAUGCAGUUCCUCUCUUUGGGAAGCGGAUACUGAUAAGUGGCUGUAAAACAAUUGUCUCAAUAUCCACUGACCGCAGGUGUGCUUGCAGGCAUUAUGAGCUAUGUGAGCUGGGCAAUUAGCUUUCAGAAUGUGAUUGUUGGCUCUGCUCAAUAACUGGUAAACGGAGGUGUUUUCCAAUUAUAUCAGUUUCCGCAGUAGACGUCACGAAGAAUGCACCGAUAUUGCUAGCACCUUUAGCUAGCGUGGCCUUGUGCAUUUCUGUGGAAGCAUGCUGAGUUAGGUCAUUCUCGCCUUCGUGGCCUAUGCCCUCCCAUGACCACCCAUGGCUGCGCCCCUGCCCAGUCAUGUGAAAUCCAUAGAUUAGGGCCUAAUGAAUUGAUUUAAAUAGACUGAUUUCCUUCUCUGAAAUGUAACUCAGUAAAGUAUUUGAAAUUGUUGCAUGUUUUUGUUCAGUAUAGUUACCUGUCCUAAAUUGUAAUCAGUAACUUAACUUUUGAAUUACCCAAACUCAGUACCGUAAAUCUGAUUACUUUCCCUUUAAGAGGCAUAGGAUGGCAUGAAUCUUGUUCUGGAAGCAGCUCUGCAGAGUGGUCACUAUCUGGCACAGCCACAAAAUCAUACAAUCUGAUCAUUUUAAACCUAACUAACCUUAAUCACACUAACAUUAAUGCCUUACCCUAACCUUAAAUUAAAGCACAUUUUUGUUUUCAUAACAUAGCCAAUGUCGACUUUGCAGCUGGCGUAUCUAGCAGAAUUCGCUCAGUUCUGCCUCAAGGACAAGGCUCAUCCCAAUAAACAUCAACAUGCUCAAAUGACAUUAGAAGAAGAUAAAAAUGAAUAUUACCAGUUGAAUGACAUGCAUUGCAACUGGCCAUAAAUAGAUGGUGCAUUUUACUUUAUGGGUUGGUUACGUAGGCUUCUACUACAGAUAAUAAUAUGAUUACAUAAAACAAAAAACAGUGUCAGAUUUCCAGUUAAUGUUAUACCCCUUGAUCUUCAAGAAUAGAACUUGGAAGUAUGGAAAUAUAGAAUAGCCAAACUGUUUUACAUGAGCAUAACCCAAAAUGUAAGGACUAGCCUACUCUGUUGUUUAUGAUUAUGUUGUCAUGGAGGGCUGAUUGGGCUCAUUGCUUCGAGUUGAAAAAUAAAUACUGCCUUUGGAAUGGCAUGCUUUGAGCACUAAAAUGUAUGCCAUAUUCUGCAUUUGCUGUUGGCCUAUUUGUUUUACAUUUUUGUUGAUGACACUGAUAUCUUGAUAAUUUGCAGCUGUUUUAAGUCUAUCAAAAGUGUACGAGUUUUAGCAUGUGUCUGUUUGGCCUAGACAUCAUUUUAAUUAGCAUGAAUUAGAUUGAGCAAUAAAAGUCCUACUCGUGGCCUGUUCCUGCUCUUUUCCCCCGAACCAUCAAACGCGUUUGGUAUCAUAGUGAUCUUU